UAUUACAUCAGCAAUGCCUCCGAGUACAGUUGCACAGAGGAAAAGAGAGUUAUUCAAACUGCUGAAAGAUAAAGAAAUCCGAAGGAUUGUUCUUUUCGGGGAAUCUGGAGUUGGAAAAACAUGGACAGCCAGAGAGAUGAGUCUUCUCGCAAAAAAUAAGGGAGUAAUUGACAUUGCUCUCUGGGUAUUUCUCAACAGACAACAUGACAGGGCCUCUCUUUGUGACAGUAUGGCUCAUCAGUUAUCCCUACUUUCCACCACCGGGGAGUCAGAAGUUGAAGAUAAAAAUGAGGAAUCAGAUAACCCUGGAGACUUGCAACAUCAAAUAGCUGCAACAGUUGCAAGAAAGAAGCUGCUUCUAGUUUUGGAUGACGAGGGAAAUAAAAUGAACGAACAAGAGAUAAUGUCUGAAUUGGAAACACUGUUGAAUGUCAACCUACAAAAUCACAAAGUUCUAAUCACUAAACGAAUCAAUUCUGAGGAGAUCAUUGGGUCAAAGAUUGAGGUAAAGCCCUUGUCAAAGGACGAGUCAUUGUCCUUAUUGCAAAAACAAGUUAGGACUGGAGUUUAUGAGGUUCCAGGCAUUAAAGCUUUAGCCGAAGCUUUAUUCGAAAAGACUGAAAAUUUGACUAAAAAUUUUCCUGCUGCAAUUGUCUUGAUGGCAAAAGCAUUCAAUUAUUUUGCUCAACAAGAUAAUGGGUUGCAGAAGCUGAGAUGUUCUCUGGAGGAAGCAUCUGUCAAUGACAUCUACAACAUCACACAUUUACUGCGCACCACUUCUUUUGUGUUUGUCGGCGCAUUCAUUAUGAUGAAUUGA